AGCUCCGUUGGUCCUUUUAUACUUUCGGAAACCCUAAUAGUAGUUGGAAUAAGGGAUUAGGGUUUCAGAUGGGAGGAGCCGUGCUAUUUAAACGCCAGUAGGUGCUCUGUCCACUGGAUCUAUCGCCUGUGAAGGGAGAAAUUCAAUGUAGCCUCUGAAUCAGCCCAACUAGUUUCAUUUUACCUACCUUUCUGUUGAAUAGUACGAUCUGUUAACCAUUCAAACCCAUGUAUUUAUGAUUAAGAAAAUGUGAGUUUUAACAUCAUAAUUGAUUAAUAACACUUGGAUGUGGGGAGAAAUAUAGCAUGCUUUGGUCAAUGACCUUCAAUCUUGUAAUAUGCCUUUUUAAGCAGGUUGCUUCUUAUCUGAUGGAUAGCACUGUAGAUGCUUUAACCAAUGCAUAUCAAGAUUAUGUUGCUGCUGCAGCUAGUGUACUCGAAGCCAAUGAAGCUUCUGGUGGCCAGAAAACAGUAGCUACAGAUGCUGCUCUCGAGAAUUUUAAGCAGCGAUGGGAAUUGCUUAGAGUAGCUUGUGAUCAAGCAGAGGAGUUUGUUGAAUCUGUGAAGCAACGGAUAGGUUCAGAAUGCUUGGUAGAUGAGGCAACUGGUGCAGUUGCAGGGAGAACUGGGCAGGGUAGCAGUACCGGUCUUCCACCUAUUAGUGCUGUUCGCUUGGAACAGAUGAGUAAAGCUGUCCGGUGGCUUGUUAUUGAAUUGCAACAUGGUUCUGGAAAUUCUAGUGCUGCUGCUCAUUCUAAUUCUAGUGUUCCUUUUGACACCAGAUUUUCCGAAGAUGCUCCUCAAUAAGAAGUAUGCACAGCUUUGAGAUUUAAUAGCCAUUUACGUAGCGAGGUUAUGAACAAGCUCUGAUGCAGAAAAAUUUAUGUAAGCUUCUUGAUCAUUUUGUUUGUGUAAUCACAUUUUCUAUUUGUAGCCCCAUGUAAGAAAAGUGCUACCGUUUACCCAAUUCAAAUAAUUAAUAUAUGCUUAGUAAAUUUAAGUCA